CCAGGAAGCACUAGGUGUCAGCGAGUGUUACCACAUCUCCUGCAGGGCAGAAACGGUCACGAAACAUGAACUGGUCUGCCCUGCUCUUGGAGAGUUACGGUGGAAACUGGUAUGUUAAAGGCUCAUAGUAAAGACACUGCUAUACUUUAACUCAGUUUCCCAUGGUUAUUAGAGCUUAGAACCCAGGGGAAACUGCUGUAUAGAAGAGGUCAAACAAGCAGGUCAAACAAGCAGAUUUUGUCACGAAAUUGGGGGGCGAGUAGGGUUCUAUUAUCAAAGAAUGGUUGUUGUGUUGGGGCCAUAAGAAAGAACUACAAGCAGUGGUGCGCAGGUAAUGUUCACGAGACGCCACAGCGGGGUAGCAUCAGAGGCGGGAGGAGGAGGGUUGGAGAGCACGGCUGCAGCCUUGUGGGGCGGUUGCAAGGAUCUCUGCGUGGCCACAGCAGCUUGCGCUGCGCCCACAUUGCUUCUGCGUGUUUACAACUGGGCACGAGAAGGCUCAGCACGCACGCACGGCCCGUGUGGGCCCGCCCUGCCCACAGCAUGAAAACAGGAGCCCCAGCCAGCCUCGGCUGGGCAGGGCCAGAGGCGCCUCCUCCAGGAUCCUCCCCGCGCUGGCCCGCCCCACAGGAGCACCGCCCCUACCAGGAGCCCGGAGCUCUUCCCAGGGCCCGCCUCCCCGCCAGGGGGCGAUCCGCCUCCACUUCCUGUUUCCGCAGCCGCCCUACCAGGAGCCUGGCACUCUCCUCAGGGCCCGCCUCCCCGCCAGGGGGCGCACCGCCUCCACUUCCUGUGUCCACGGCUGUCGCGAGAGCCCGGGACGAGUGGGCCUCUGCUCGUGGGUGGUUCUCGUGGAGGUCAGCUCCCGCGUGUCUCCGCUCGACAGGGUGCUUGGGCAGAGCCCAUCGGGUAGGCGCGGGCCAUGGCGCAGUACAAGGGCACCAUGCGCGAGGCAGGCCGUGCCAUGCACCUCCUCAAGAAGCGCGAAAAGCAGCGGGAGCAGAUGGAGGUGCUGAAGCAGCGCAUCGCCGAGGAGACCAUCCUCAAGUCGCAGGUGGACAAGAGGUUCUCGGCGCAUUACGACGCCGUGGAGGCCGAGCUGAAGUCCAGCACGGUGGGCCUGGUGACCCUGAACGACAUGAAGGCCCGGCAGGAGGCCCUGGUCAGGGAGCGCGAGCGGCAGCUGGCCAAGCGCCAGCACCUGGAGGAGCAGCGGCUGCAGCAGGAGCGGCAGCGGGAGCAGGAGCAGCGGCGCGAGCGCAAGCGUAAGAUCUCCUGCCUCUCCUUUGCGCUAGACGACCUCGAUGACCAGGCCGAUGCGGCCGAGGCCAGGCGCGCCGGAAACCUGGGCAAGAACCCCGACGUGGACACCAGCUUCCUGCCAGACCGCGACCGCGAGGAGGAGGAGAACCGGCUCCGAGAGGAGCUGCGCCAAGAGUGGGAGGCGCAGCGCGAGAAAGUGAAGGACGAGGAGAUGGAGGUCACCUUCAGCUACUGGGACGGCUCGGGCCACCGGCGCACGGUGCGGGUGCGCAAGGGCAACACGGUGCAGCAGUUCCUGAAGAAGGCGCUGCAGGGGCUGCGCAAGGACUUCCUGGAGCUGCGCUCCGCCGGCGUGGAGCAGCUCAUGUUCAUCAAGGAGGAUCUCAUCCUGCCGCACUACCACACCUUCUACGACUUCAUCAUCGCCAGGGCGAGGGGCAAGAGCGGGCCGCUCUUCAGCUUCGAUGUGCACGAUGACGUGCGCCUGCUCAGCGACGCCACCAUGGAGAAGGACGAGUCGCACGCAGGCAAGGUGGUGCUGCGGAGCUGGUACGAGAAGAACAAGCACAUCUUCCCCGCCAGCCGCUGGGAGGCCUAUGACCCCGAGAAGAAGUGGGACAAGUACACCAUCCGCUGAGUCCCACCUGCCAGAGUGGAAACCGGGGGGGAGACAUUCAUUUCUAGGCCCCGUCACCAGUCACUUGAUUUCGUGACCUUGAUUUCUUCCCCCAAAUUUAAUAAAGACAGGGUUCUCAUGAUUCACACUGGUUGUGUUAUUGCUGAUGUUAUGCUUUGGUUGCUUGGUUGGUGUUUUCUGAGUAUUUUAGUGUUGCUACCUGGAUUUGCUGCAUUGCUCUGCUGAGCUGUAUUGAAACCAUGACUGGGCCCACUGUCAGACAAAUUAGAAUAGGAGGCACAUUUUUUACCUGGUGGUUAUGAGCAUGGACUUGGGGGCCACAGUGACUGAGAUUGAUUCCCGACGCAGCUUCCUCCUUGCUGUGUAGUUUUGGGUAAGUUUAUUAAAUCCCCAUGCUUCAGUUUGGUCACCUGUAAAAGGAAAUAACAAGAGCACUUACGUUAUAAGAUUGAUGUAUUAAGUGAGUUAAUAUUUGUAAAACGCUUAGCACUUAAUAAAUGUUUCUGUUGUUAUUAUUA